AUGCUGCUGAUAAUGCCCAUUUCGACCUCCACAUUCAGCAGAAGUGCCUCGAGAUCCGCUAGCUCCAACCCAUCAACCGAUCUUAUCAAGUCCUCUUCUCCUUCUCUUGCUGCCUCUGCUACCCCUGCUGCUGUAACAUUCACCCCUGCCGCUGUAACUCCCAACCCUGCUGCCACCACCCUUGCACUGCUUGGUUCUUCCCCUGCUGCUGGUGCAGCUCCCUCUGCAGCUGCUGGCAUCCCUGAACCACCUGGUGGUGCUUCCAUUGCUGCUGCAACUCCCACCCCUCCUGGCAGAUUUGCUUCUCGGUUCUCCAUCCCAGAGCCCCCUGCUCCUGCAUGCCAUCUGGUGUGGCGAAUCAUUGCCUCCAAUCCACCUUCCUCAUCGUCCCCCACUCCCCUCCUCUCUUCUUCCACCCCCCUUACAGCAACUUCUGGACCACUGCUCUCCCACACACUGGUAUGUAGCAGAGAAUCACUUAGAUUUCUCAUGUUUAACCCCCCUUGCCCUCCCUUUGCCUCUGGUAAUGCUGCUGCUGCUGCUGCUGCUGCUGCUGCUGGUGCUGCUGCUGCUGCUGCUGCUGUGGCUGAUGAUGAUACUGCUGCUGCUGGUGCGGCUGCUGCAGUUGCUGCUGCUUUUGCUGCUGCUGCUGCUGCUGGUGGCGUUGCUGGUCCUGCAUCUGAUGCUGGUGGUAUUGGCCAUGCUGCUGCUGGUAUUGUUGCUGCUGCUGCUGCUGCUGUUGCUGCUGCUGCUGCUGCUGCUGCUGCUGCUGCUGCUGCUGCUGCUGCUGCUGCUGCUGCUGCUGCUGCUGCUGCUGCUGCUGCUGCUGCUGCUGCUGCUGCUGCUGCUGCUGCUGCUUCUGCUGCUGCUGCUGCUGCUGCUGCUGCUGCUGCUGCUACUGCUGCUGCUGCUGCUGCUGCUGCUGCUGCUGCUGCUGCUGCUGCUGCUGCUGCUGCUGCUGCUGCUGGUACAGCUGCUGCAGCUGCUGCUGCUCCCCAGUGCGCAUCCCCCCCUGCAUCAUCGGCCAUACUUCAACAGGCUCUACCUUUGCCCCACAUUCAAUACUGGCCCAGCCUGGGUUCCUAUCCCCAGCAGCGUCACCUAUUCGCUGCUUUGCUCCGCUCCCUCGCUGCUGCACUAAGGGCCACGGAUUCACACCAUGUAGAGGCGGCCCUCCCUGCUGCUGUGCUGCCAUUCCAUGCUGUGCUGCCAUCCCCUGCUCUCCUUCCAUCCCCUGCUGUUCUGCCAUCCCCUGCUGUGCUUCCAUCCCCUGCUGUUUUUCCAUCUCCUGCUGUUUUUCCACCCACUGCUGUGCUUCCAUCCCCUGCUGUGCUUCCAUCCUCUGCUGUGCUGCCAUCUCCUGCUCUUCUUCCAUCCACUGGUGUGCUGCCAUCCCCUGCUGCGCUGCCAAUCUCUGCUGUGCUUCCGUCCCCUGCUGUGCUUCCAUCCCCUGCUGCGCUUCCAUCCCCUGCUGUGCUUCCAUCCACUGCUGUGCUGCCAUCCCCUGCUGUUCUUCCAUCCACUGCUGUGCUGCAAUCCCCUGAUGCGCCACCAUCUCUUGCUCCUCAGCCGUCAGGGAGCUUCGUUUGA